UUCACUCAUUCACGUCUUGUACAAUUUUAUCGUUUAACCAUUUUUUCUGCAAAUCUAUUCACCAAUUUGUCAAACAUUCCGGCAUUUUAUUGUCUGCAUACGUUGUAUAACAACAAGUUGCCGCAGUGCGCUGCGAGAGCGCGCAGCGACAAUAGAAUUUAAAGUGAAAAGCAAAUUUAUAAAACAAAGAUGGCUGCGAUGCGUCUGGGCAGCCACUUUGUGUAAUUAGUGCAUACGCAAGUGUUUUGACCAUAAAAAAAGCCCAAGAAAACAAAAUACAGACAAGCAAGCAUGGAACAACAAACGCUGGAGCUGCAGCAGACGCAGCUGGAGGCAUUUCUGGAUGCCAGCGGUAGCGGCAGCAACAACAACGGCACUGCAGUCGUCGUCAACAAUGCAGGCACAAAUCAAAACGCAAAUGAGCAGCACGUGAGCGAAGCAGCCACAGUAGUUGCUGCUGCUACGGCUGUCGGCUCACCUAUCUCGAAUCUAACUCAAACAGCAGCAACCACAACAGCAGCAGCAGCAGCUGGAACACUAACAGCAGCAACAACAAGCACAGGAAUAAGCGAAUCUACAACAGCGGCAACAGCUGCGAAUACAACGACGCCCACGCGGAGUCCACAGCGUAGCGUUGUUUAUCACGAAGAUGCGACGUUCGAUAGCAUUGAUAACGAGUCAUCGCCGUUGGACACGAAUUCUGGUUCACCCGGCCAGCGUCAUUCGAUCAACUUGAGUGAAUACAACUCGACGCCAAAGUCGGCAAGGAAUGGUGGCACAGCUGGCGCUAUCUCAGCUAACGGCAGUGGCACCACUUCGCCCAUCAAUUAUCAAAUCCUCGCUGACGACUACUCCUACAGUAUAGAGUAUGAAUCACAGCAGCAGCAACAACAACAGCAGCAGUCACAACAGCAACCAACGCUUGGCGUGAGUCAGCUGCAGGAAUCGUUGGCAACGUCAUCGGUGCAGGCGACUUCGGCCACCAUCAGCUACAGCACGAAUCGUCAGAGUUACGCCUCGCCCCCGGCUGCGUUGCCACCGCUCAUCAUACCGCAGCGACAAUCACUGUUGCCGUGGGGCGCACACUCACGCAGCUCCAUCAUCAACGUGCUCCCGAGCUACACUCAAGCCGAGAUGCAUGCGCUGGCGGCGAGUGUGGCCAGCGUGGAGCUCACAGCUCCGCGUCCCGGCGAGAUUGUGAUGCGCAAUUUGUUCAGUGAUUUCACCGCACAGGCGGAGAAGAAAAUCGAGCUGGUGAUGCUCGAGAGCGCGGACAAGAAUCUCUCGAAGUUGCUGCAACGUGGCGAGGACCAGCAGUUCGAUCAGUUGCUCUCAGCCUUGGGUUCGGUGGCAGAACAUUGUUUACCUUCGUUGUUGCACACGCUGCUCGCUUGGCAUCGCCGGCAACUCUCCGACAUGGAGAUCAAGAACGAUCUCAAGAAACCCGCGACGGGCAGCAGUGUGCAGUCGGUGAACAAAUCGACGGUGGAUUUGGAUUUUCAACUGCAACGUCGCGAGGCAGCUGUGGAGUUUAUUUUUUGUCUGGCGCUGAUUGAGAUACUCAAGCAGUUGCCCUUCCAUCCGGGCCAUGAGGAUCUGGUGCGCAGCAUCGAGAAUCUGGCUUUUAAGCACUUCAAGUAUCGCGAUGGUUUGCAGAAUAAUCCGAAUGCGCAUAACAUACACAUGAUUGCCGAUCUGUAUGCUGAGGUCAUUGGUGUGCUCGCCCAGAGUCGCUUUGGUUCGGUGCGCAAGCGUUUCAUGAGCGAAUUGAAAGAGUUGCGCGGCAAAGAGGCGUCGCCCAAUACGACUCAGAGCAUCAUCAGUCUGCUGAUGGGCAUGAAGUUCUUUCGUGUGAAAAUGGUGCCCAUCGAGGAAUUCGAAGCUUCAUUUCAGUUUAUGCACGAGUGUGGUCAGUACUUCCUCGAGGUGAAGGACAAGGAUAUCAAGCACGCCUUAGCUGGACUCUUUGUGGAGAUCUUAGUGCCCGUGGCAGCUGCUGUUAAGAACGAGGUGAAUGUGCCUUGUGUGAAGAACUUUGUGGAGCUGCUCUAUGUGCAAACGCUGGAUGCCUCGACCAAGUCAAAGCAUCGCUUGGCGCUGUUUCCACUCGUCACCUGUUUGCUGUGCGUCUCGCAGAAGACUUUCUUUCUGACCAAUUGGCAUUAUUUUCUCGCCAUGUGCCUGAGCAAUCUCAAGAAUCGCGAUGCUAAGAUGAGUCGCGUGGCUUUAGAGUCACUUUAUCGGCUGCUUUGGGUUUACAUGAUACGCAUCAAAUGUGAAUCGAAUUCGGCGACGCAUUCGCGUCUGCAGAGCAUUGUCAACUCGCUGUUUCCCAAGGGCUCCAAGGGCGUUGUGCCGCGUGAUACACCGCUGAAUAUAUUCGUCAAAAUUAUUCAGUUUAUAGCGCAGGAACGUUUGGACUUUGCCAUGCGUGAGAUUGUCUACGAUUUGCUGUGCGUGGGUCGCUCCAUCAAAGUGAUACUCAAUCCGGAACGCAUGAGCAUUGGUUUGCGUGCCUUUAUGGUCGUUGCGGACUCGCUGCAGCAGAAGGACGGUGAACCGCCAAUGCCGCGCACGGUGCCCGUGUUGCCAUCGGGCAAUACGUUGCGCGUGAAGAAGACGUACAUCAAUAAGUUGAUUACUGAUGACACGGCACGCAGCAUUGGCAUGUCUGCAUACUUUCCGCAUGUGCGUCGCGUCUUUGUCGACAUCUUGCGUGCCUUGGACGUGCAUUGCGGUCGCCCUUUGAUGAUGACAAACACACAGAAUCAGAAUAAGGAACCCGAUGAGAUGUUGUCGGGGGAGCGCAAGCCACGCAUUGAUUUGUUUCGCACUUGUGUGGCUUCGGUGCCGCGUUUGAUUCCGGAUACGAUGACCGCACAGGAGCUGGUUGAUUUGCUGUCGCGGCUGACGGUGCACAUGGAUGAGGAGUUGCGCAUUUUGACGCAUCAAUCGCUGCAGACGCUGAUGAUUGAUUUUCCGGAUUGGCGUCAGGAUGUCGUGCACGGUUACACCCAGUUUCUGGUGCGCGAUGUCACCGACACCUAUCCGCAAUUGUUGGAGAACUGCACUCGCAUACUGUUCGUCUUCCUCAACAUCUGGCGCUGCGCUAUCAUUGUGAAUGGCACCACAGUUGCUGGCGGUGGCAACACAACAAGUAAUACUGGCACUGGCGGCAACACGGUGCCCAAUGCUGCCGGCGUUGCUGGCGCUGGCGGCGUGAAUACGGUGCAGCAAAAACUUGGCGGUACAGCGCCUACAAUCACCACAGCUGCCGGACCGAGUUCAACUGUAGCGGCAGCAGCUGCCACAGCGCCUGUGGCGGGCAAGGAAACAACCAACAGUCAGCUGUCGAAACAACAGCAUCUGAAUACCGCCAGCAGCGCCACUUCGAGCAUAACCACCUCGAGUGGCAUGUCCAGCAUUACGCAGCACACGGUGCUCAAUAUGGUGGCCAACGAUGUGGGCAAAAAGAACGAGAUUCCGCUGGUGACUACGUUGCACUUUGUCGAGGGCUUUGCACUCGUGUUGCUCUGCAAUUAUCGUCCGUAUUUGCGCAAGCUGGCGGCGAUGAUACUCAAGGAGGUGAAGAAUCUGAUGCGUGUGCUGGGCAUACCCGAAACGGAGCCGCCGCUCAUCGAUGUGAUGGAUCGCUGCUGUCCCCAGAUUGUGGAGAAGUGUCUGCCACAGUUGCCGCAGGCCGAGAAGACGGCCAUACUGAACGCGAAUUGCAUCGAUCUGCAGUGGAUAGCGGAGCGUUCAAGCGGCGUCUGGUUGGCAGGACUCACAGAUGACAACUCCAAGUCAUCGACUUCGACACUGAAUCUAUCGCAGACCAGUUCGACGGCUGCAGCCGCAACAGCCACAGCAGCGAGCUCAGCCCAACCGCAGUUUGAUCCUUGGGCCACCUGUUUGUUUGGUCUGCUGGAGCGACAGCGAGUGCUGCAGCAAUGUCCCUCGGCGGUGGCGCAGGCUUGGCCCAUUUGCUAUGCUCGUCUCAAUGCGCUCUACAGUGUCAUCGAUCCCACUCCUGUGAGCGACAAUCGCGCCUCGUUGUUGCGUGGCUCGGCGCCGACUAAGAAAAUGCCCACCGAAAGCCAAAAGGAUUCGUAUAUGCGUUUGUGGCGCAAUCAAGUGGCAUGUGCCAUGCGUCUCGUGCCACAAAUACCCAGCGUUGCUGUGCGCUGCGCCUCGCCCGAUCUGAGCUUGAGUUUACAAGAUCAAUCGGAUUCACGUUCGCUAUCCGAUUCCUUGGACAAUAUACCGUCAAAUGUCUUUGGGCCCGAGGGAAUCGUUACGCGUUUCACCCUGCCGCUCUCCUACGGACGCAAAGAGGCGCGCCAGAAACGACUUGGCUCAUCGCCAGAUUCCCUAAACGCGGAUCGCAGUGACAAGUCGGCAAUGGGCAGCGCCUCGCCCCAAGCACUCUACAAACUGGUUGUUCCCCUGCUGCGUUGUGAAGCCAUCGAUGUGCGGGACGCGGCUGUCAAUGCGUUAGGCAUGAUAAACCACGAUGCGCUCAAGGAUCUGAUGGAAGAACUCGUUGUCUACAUACGCGAGGCAGUUGAUCGCAAACAGGAGAAUAUGCGACGACGUCGACGACGCGACGCACUGCGUCUGCAGGUGGUGCGUGUGCUGGAGAAGAUUGCCGAGAAUGGCACAUUUGGAGUAAGCACUUGCGUUUUGGAGCGCGAUACGAUGUCGUUGCAUCCCACAUUUGUGGAAUACAUUGAAGGCGCCAUGGCAUAUCUAAUGGCCGAAACGGAUAAGGAUAAUCUCAGCAUACGUGAGGUCAAGGCGCACUUUUGCAAUUUCAUACGCAAAAUGAUUAAGAACUUUUCGCUGGAAUCGUGUGCCACGCUGUUGUCGCGCGACUUGAAGCGUAAUCUAUUCAAUUUGUUUGCCACUUGGUGUGGCAACUUCUCGAAGCCGCUUAGCAUUAGUUCACAGAUUGGCCAAACACUCGAGGAGGAGAAACUGCAAUUUAGCGCCUUACAGGCCAUGUCCGCUUUGCUGUGCUGCGGACACAUCUUCUAUACACCGCAUUUGCAAGACGAUGGCAUCAUUUACAAAUGGCUGGAUUUGCUCUUGACUUCCAAGGAUGAAAAGAUUUAUCAGCUGGCGCGCGAUACAGUUGUUUUGUUGCUGGAAUCCAAUCCGGAUAUGGGACAACUGCUCGAGUGGGUAAUCGAUCGCUGUUAUACCUCAACGCCACGCGAGGCAGACGCUUGUUUCCUGGCCCUCGCAUCGAUCUUCAGUGCCAAGGAAUAUCCUUGCGAUCAUUACACCUCGGUCAUAACCGUAACGCUGUUAAUGACGGGCUGUCCACGUGUUGAGGUGCAUGCCACCGCAUUGCAGCUGCUGCAGAUAUUGGACAAACGUUUCUUUGGCAGCGUCGUUGGCACGCUGCACAGCGACAAUGAGAAAGAAGACGACACAAAGGUCGUGGGCACUUUGGAUGUGCUGCUGAGCAGCGCUUAUUGUCGCUCGCAGCGUUUCCUUUCCAAACAGCUGGCACAGCUGCGUCCCGAACUGACCAUGUCCAUAUUUUCCGAAAUUACGCAUCGUUUUCAGAGCGCACGCGAAGAUGUGCGCGCCCUGCUGUUGCAGUGCCUCCUCCCCUGGCUGCAGAACAUGGAACUGGUGGCCACGAGUGUGCCACCUGCGACGCCCCUCUCCUACAUUAUGUAUUUUCCGGACUCGGGCACACGCGGUCGUCGAGAGGGCACCGGCUCAACGGAGGCAACGGAAAUGAUACUGAAUAAUCUUUUCUACAUAACAGCAAAGUUUUCGGAUGCACAUCCGCGGGAUAUCGAGGAGUUGUGGGGCACUUUGUGCCAGUUCUGGCCCAACAAUCUGAAGGUCAUAUUGCGCUACCUGGUCAUCAUGAGCGGCAUGGCGCCCACCGAGCUAUUACCCUAUGCCAAGCGAGUGGCACUUUAUUUGGCACGCAGCUGUCCGGAUCGUUUGCUGGAUGAGCUCAUGGCCGAACUACAAACAGUGGAGACACUCAACUGUCUCAUUGAGCGCACCGAGACGCCUCCAUUCUACAGAUUGACAAGCAUGCGAAAGGCAUCCAGUCACAGUGCCGAUGGUCAAGCGGUGGGCGGCAUUAAUGAUUCGCGCACACAAGAUCUGACCGUGGAGAAGGGCACCAUACACACGAAACGACACAGCGGCGAGGACCCCAUUAAAAUAGGCACCUGCAAGUCGGACAGCGGCAUUCGUGCAUACACCCAGGCCGCUGCAGCUGCUGCCGCCGCCGCUGUCACGCCCAUUGCGGGCGGAAGUCGACCGCCUCGUGGCGCAGACAAAAUACGUGCCGCAUCGGGACCAUCGAUAUUGCCACGUCCGGAGGAUAUACUCAUCAAUGACCCCGAGUUGCGUCAGGAAGAGAACGUGGAGUUGCGCAAUGCAUCUGAGGCACCAACGAAUGCCCAUCCACAUCCGUUACCCAUGCCCGAAUACGGUGGCUACUUUGCACCCCUCACGGAAUUUCUGCCGGAUGUCAGUUUGCCCAUCAGCGGAUUUCAUCGCUGCAACGUGGCCGUCAUGCUGCUCACGGACAUUGUGGUCGACGGCAUUCCGGGCAUCGACUGGACGCUACAUCUGCCCUUAAUGCUGCACAUUUUGUUCCUCGGCUUGGAUCACACACGCAUCAUUGUGCGGGAGCAUUGCAAGCAACUGUGCGUCAAUCUGUUGAUUGUGCUGGCCGAGCACAACGAUCACUUGACCGUGGCUCGCAUUCUACUCAACAGCGAGACAAGCAAACUGGAUCUAGGUUUAACUGUGCCAGCUUUGCCAGUGAUUGACAAUAAUUUCACCGAGCUGCAUCAGCAAUUCGAUAGCUAUCUGCUGCACGUGAGUCCACAGGCAGCAGCCUAUGCGCUGCAUCAUAAUCUCUCCAGUUCAACGAUUAUUGCCGCUUCUCAUGUCACCAAUCAACAAACAUUGCCGCAAACGCCGCAGAAUCUGCAACAACCGUCGCCAGCGCAGAACGCAGCACUGAGUGCCACACCACCAACGCUGGCCACAACUCCGGCGGCGCUGCAGAUCAAUCCCAACAACACGGAGAACUCGGAGGUGCCGCUGAUAAACGCCGAUGAGCAUGCGCCACCACAACCGGGUCCAAGCAUGCCCAUUGCACAUGUGAUCAAGAGUCUGCUCAAGUUUUUGGCACACGACACGUGUCAACCGUUGUGGAACUACGAGGAUAUUACGGCCAAGGUAUGGGCUGUGAAAUCAGCGGAACAGUUAAGCUGCUUCCUCAAGCACAUGGUCAAAGUGUUUGCCGAUAGUUAUCCCCAGGCGCGGAUUGCCGAACGUUGGGCACAGACCGCACUGCAAUUGGGUUUGUCCUGCUCGUCGCGUCAUUAUGCGGGUCGCUGUCUGCAAAUCUUUCGCGCAUUAAAUGUGCCCAUCAAUUCACGCAUGCUGUCGGAUAUAUUGUCACGUCUCGUGGAAACGGUGGCCGAGCAGGGCGAGGACAUGCAAGGAUAUGUGACAGAGUUGCUGCUCACUCUCGAAGCAGCUGUUGACAGUCUUGACUCGGACUUUAGACCGCUGGAUGUGAUGAAGGACAUUUUCAAGAGUACGCCCAAUUUGAACAACAAGGACGGCGGUCCCAACUCCAUACUGCCGGGAAAGAAGUCGCCGUCGGGCAUGACGCCACAAUCCUCGAAUUACUCGAUACCCAGUCAUGGACGCAGCACCAGUUACUCGGUUUCCUAUUGCGGUCGCAAGGCCAACAAUUCGCCAUGCGACAAACAGGUGGAGCUGCGGAAUCGUGCCUCUGGCAUUGAGCUGGAACGCAGCGUUGUCUGCAAAUUUGGUGGUGUGGGCGUUGGAGCUGGUUCGGCUUUGUCCAGGUCGCGUAGUGCUCAGAGCUUAAAGAUGCUGGGUGAUACGGCGACACAGGAUGAUAAGAUGACCAUACUGGCGCAAUUGUUUUGGCUAUCGGUUUCACUGCUCGAAUCGGAUUAUGAGCACGAGUUCAUGCUGGCUUUGCGGCUGCUUACACGAGUGUUGCAUCGCCUGCCACUGGAUCGUCCGGAUGCGCGGGACAAGGUGGAGAAACUGCAGCAGCAAUUGAAGUGGACUGCCUAUCCGGGCGUGCAUGCACUGUUGCUCAAGGGCUGCACCCACAGCGCUACCUAUGAACCGACAAUCACGCUGCUCUCGCAGUUUGCACCGUUGCUCAGUCUGCCAGUUUGUGAUCCCACCCAAAGCUGUGCGUUCCCCAUGAAUGUGAUUGCACUGCUGCCCUACAUGCUGCUGCACUAUGAGGACGCCAAUGAGAUUUGCAUACGAAGCGCAGAGAAUAUUGCACAUGUGUCCACCGAGUUGGGCGCCAAGCUGGAGAAUCUUGGCACUGUGAUGACGCUCUACAGUCGUAAGACAUUCUGCAAGGAAUCGUUCCAGUGGACCAAGUGUGUGGUGAAGUAUUUGCAUGACACUUACGCACACAUGGGUCUCCACAUGCUGGCCUUCCUCAUCGAGGUGCUGGAAAAGGGACCGCAACAGGUGCAGGUGCCAGUUCUCAAUGUCAUUCACUGCAUGCUGCACUAUGUGGAUCUGUCGGCGCCACAAGCGCAAACCAUCAAUGCGGAUCUAUUGCGUGCCAUUGGCAAAUAUUUGGAUACUGUGAACUGGAAGGACUCGCUGAAGAUACUCAAGCUGAUUGUGACACGCAGCUCGUCGCUGCAAGUGGUGCCGCCCAGCGAUGGCAGCAGCGCCGGCUUAUCGUUCUCCUUCUAUAGCGCAUAUCCGGACUCGGAUAUGUUCUGUAAAAAGGAACUGGCCGGCCGCACCAUGGAGUUCACUUUUGAUGUCUCACAGACGCCGCUCAUCGGUCGUCGCAUACUGCUCAAAACGGAGGAGCCCAACCUUGUGAGCGGCGGAUCUGGCGGCGGUGCAUCGGGCACUGGAAAUUCAUCGCUCAACUCGACGCUGACCAAUGCCACAACGGUGACGGUUGCGCCUGCCCAGCAGGCCAGCGCACAGCUGCAGCAGCAACGGGCCCACAGCAAUGUGGCGGCCAUUGCCGCCUCUGCCGUCGCUGCCCAGCAACAACAACAGCAGCAGCAACAACACCUGUUGCAACAACAACAACAGCAGCAGCAACAACAACAGCAUGUUGUUGGUGGUCUUGGCAGCAUUGUUGGCACUCCGAAUUCACCAAGACGCAGUGCGAGUCUCUCUCCGGCGGAUACAGUGCCGCUCAGUGGAUGGAAACGCCCGUGGAUGUCGCAGUGUCGAGUGCGGGAAUGCCUUGUUAAUUUGCUGACCACAUGUGGUCAACGUGUGGGUCUGCCCAAGUCGCCAUCGGACGAUUUCAUAAACUCAAUUUGCUCAAAGGUUAUAUUUAGCCAAUCGUCGGAUCUUAUGGAGCGUCAAUCUUCGGCCGCCUCCUCCACCGAGGAAACAUCAGGUCCACAAGGUGAUCUUAGCAGCGGAUCUCGACGCGAUGACGGACAGCCCGAUUUCACCGUGUUCAAGGACUUUGACUUCCUGGAGUACGAGGACAGCAUUGCUGGAGAGUCAACGGACAACUUUAACUGGGGCGUGCGACGUCAUCAGUUUGUUGGCGAUGAGGAAUGCUUGAAUUGUGGCAGUGGCAUCGGUGGCUCCAUCAAGGGAGGCCAUUCUUCAGCGCUGGAGGAUAGCUUCAGCGAUAAGACGCCCAUUUUGAGCAAACGCAAGCGACAAACCGCCGAUGAUUCUUCCGAUGAGGAGGGCGAAUCGGAAUCUCCGCUCGACGACGAUCAUCGUCAGUCGUUCUUGAAGAACUGCUUUAGCGCCGUGCCGCCCACAUCUUUGAGUCUGCGCGAGCGUCGGCGUCGCAACUCAGUGUCGCGUAGCGAUACCAGUGGCUCAAGUGCUGGAGAUUUGGGUGAUAUCACACCCUGCAAUGCCUCGCCCCAUCUGCAGGGCAUCAUUCGCUUUGGUGCCGCAAUACGCGAUGAGGCCGAGGAGAAUUGGCGACGUCAGUUGCAAUCGAUGCUUGUUAAUCAGCCAUCGGCACACACCUCGGAGCUGUUGAUGCAAUUGUAUCGACUGAUCAAGGAGCUAACCUUCAAGACAAUCAGUAUAUCGAAGGAGGCAAAGAAGUUCUUCACAGGCAUCGGAUCGCAAUUGGGCAAUCGCAUAUCGCUCUUCACAGAUCUGUUGAGCUCUCGCGCAGAUCCGCCGCGUGUUUGGUGCAGCGAACUGCAGACAACGACGCCCAAGUUGUUUGAAAUGCUGCGUUUUAAUGUGCUCGAGGUGCAGGAGCAUCUUGAGACGUUCUUCGAUCGCAAGGAUCAGGUGUUGGAGUGUUUGGAUGCGGUGAAAACUUCGUGCAAGUUGUCGCUGUUCAAUGAAUCGGAUGUCGCUGCUUCCGGCUUGGAGAUGCCCAGCAGCAGCUCGAGCAUUGCCUAUAUGCCUUUUGAUCCUGCCUCCACGGAGGUGGUGCUCGAUCUGGGCCGUUCCUUGUACAAACUAAUGUUCCAGCUGUUGCUGCUGAUCGAAUCAAAUCAUAAAAUAUCCUCGAAUGUGGUCAAUCAUUUUCGUGUUAACGAAGACAUGCAUGACAUAUCCGAUCUUUAUGCCUUGGUGCGCGAUGCAUUGGUGCGUUGCACCACGGAAGCAGAGCUCGAUUGCCUGGAAUCAUCCACCUCUACUGAGGGUGAACAUACGCCGACGCCGUCGCCUGGCUUGCCGAUGACCCAGGAGGAGUUUGAGGCAUCACUGCAUGAGCAUAUUGGUCUUCAACGCUGGUCCAGCGCCAUUUCACAUGUGCGACAGUAUCGACGUGUCUCUACGUUAAAUGCAGGCGAUCAAAGUCUGACCAUUUUCAGCUAUGGCAAUAUCGAUAGUCGCAUCAAAUUCGACGAGAUGACCAUCAUAUUGAAUGCUUAUGCUCACAGCAUUAUGAAGGAUCGAACAGAGGACUUCAUUGUGUCCAAAUCCGACUCGGAGCUGUUUGAGGUGUACGCAAUACUCUCGGAGAACUUGUAUCACGUGUCCAGCGCCUUGACCAACAUGGAAAUCAACAUGAAGAGCUAUCACAUGGGCGCCGGAUCAAACAAUUUGCAUCGCAGCGAACAAGAUAUUGUGACAAAUCUUUAAAUU